CCUUUGGAAACCCGGCAGCACCGGGGUCUGCCCGCCGGAGACCUGCGUGGGGGGAAGACACCAGUGCCAUGCUGGAGGCCCCUGGACGGUCUGUGCACGUAGCAGAGCACGAUGCCUUUCCUGCACGGCUUCCGCAGGAUCAUCUUCGAGUAUCAGCCCCUGGUAGACGAGAUCUUGGGGUUGCUGGCGAUACAGGAUGCGGAAAGGCAGAGCGCCCUUGAGAGCCCUGCCUGCCUGGGCAGCGACAGGAGCCAGCUCUCAGCCGUGAGACGAGUCUUGGAAAGGGAGACCCACUCCCCGUUUUAUCAGGAAGGCGUGAGCUACGCCCUGCUGAAGGUCACCGAGCUGGGGCUCGUCCCUGCCGCAGAAAUCCUCCUGGAGUUCGGAGCUGACCUCAGCUUUGAAGAUCCAGUCACCUACUACACCCCCCUGCACAUCGCAGUGCUCCGCAACCAGCCGGAUAUGGUGGAGCUCCUGGUGCGCCACGGGGCUGACAUCAACCGCAGAGACCGGAUCCAUGAGAGCAGUCCCCUCGAUCUGGCCAGCGAGGAGCCUGAGCGGUUGCCGUGCCUCCAGCGGCUGCUUCAGCUGGNGACCGAUUGCUCCAUUGCAGGAAAGACAGCGCUGUUGCACGCCCUGGCCAGCAGUGACGGUGUCCAGAUUCGCAACACCGAGAGCAUCCGUCUCCUGUUGGAAGGAGGUGCGGACGUCAGAGCCACCACCAAAGAAGGUGACACUGUCUUCACCUACAUCAUCUUCCUGCUGGGAGAGAUGGUGUGCAGCAACACUGAGGAGGCACAGGUGACCAAUCGCUUCUGCUUUCGUGUCACACAGCUGCUGCUGGCCCACGGUGCCAACCCCAGCGAGUGCCCGGCCCCCGAGUCCCUCACCCACCUCUGCUUCAAAAGCUUCAAACGCCACUUCCCGCUGCUGCGGUUCUUGCUGGAGUCGGGUGCUGCCUACAACUGUUCCCUCCACGGUCCCUCCUGCUGGUCAGGCUUCCACAUCGUCUUCGAGUGCCUCUGCUCGCACCUUAGUGUCUCCGAAGAUGACAGCUUCUCUACAGACCUCAUCCAGAAGGGUCAGACUCUGCUGGAGCUCAUGAUGGCCAGUUCACAAGCCAUCCAGCUGCCCAGCAACUUUGAGGUCAACACCAGCAGCUGUAGGUACCACGGGGAGAAGAUCAGGACUCUCUUCUGCUCUCUGAAGCAGCUGGAGCGCUCCCCACAGGCAUUGAAACAUCUCUGCAGGGUGUUUAUCCGGCAGCGCCUUAAACCGUGGCCAGUAGAUGUCAAAAUCAAGGCUCUACCUCUUCCAGACAGGCUGAAGUGGUACCUCCUCAUUGACCACACUGCUGCCGGGCACGAGGACCUCUGAGCCUAACUAAUGCCUCUGCGUCUCCCCCCCCUCCACAGGCCAUGGUGUGCCUACAGCCACUAAAUCUCUGCUCUGGGCCAGUUUUCUCCGCAAAAGGUGGACUGUCCACACGCUGUCCACGCGCCCACAGCUUGGCCAGCGCUGCCCAUGGUGUCCGUCUCUGCUGCGUUUUUGGGGGGUGUGCUUUUUUGAGCAUGACGCUGCGUGUACGUCUGUGGAGGCCUUGUUGCUCCGGGGCACAUGGUGGGGAAGGGGGGCAGAGCCCCGUGGUUCCUGGGGGUGAAGAGAGCCCCUGGGCAUCGGGGAGCCGGAUACUGGGGCAGAGGGCUGGUUUGUGUGGAUUUUAAGAAAAAGAUUUUUAAGAAAAGGCCUGGCGGGCAGGACCGGUGGGGCGGUUGGGGUGGUGUGACUGGACAGGCAGCCUGUCCCCUCUCUUUCCAGCCCUGCCGGGUCCUGGGUGGGUGAAGCAGUGCCUUAGGCGAGCGGCGGAGUCGUGAGAUGCUUCGGGGUGCUGGGAGGAGAGGUGUUCCCCAUGCCCGGAGAGCGCUGGCAUCCGUGUCCUGGUUUUCUGCCUUUGGUCCCGCUGGUGUGAGCG